AUACGCCUUUAUUCUUUUUCCAGAAAAUUGAAUGUUUUUAUGUUUAUAGAGGUAUGUUACUAGGAUUCCGAAAUGUCCUCUCCAGGGUGUCUCCAAUCAUUUUAAAGCAAACGUCCCAAAAUUGUACUCAAGUGAACAAAAGUUUGCCUUAUCUGUUUGGUGAAAACAAACUAUCGCCUCUAAUUUCUAAACCACAAGAAACAAACCAUGUAAUUUUAUCGAGAGUUGAUUCUGUUGGAUUUAUUCCCAAUAAGUUUGAUGAACUGAUUAUUGCAAGCAGCAUCAUGUCCAGAAUCUCAUGUCCGAGCAACCAACCAUUACCAACCCACAAUAAAUAUAACAUUGACAGCACUGAGCAUGGCAAAGUAAUAAAUGAAGGAGUGGAUGUACUAGAUGUUUUUGAUGAACCAAAUACUUCAAAUCAAACACCGCUAUACGCUCAUAAAAGUGAUAUUAGAUGGCGAAGAAGAAGAAUGAGAAGGCAUAGACUAUUAAAAUGGAGGAAAAAAUAUAAACAUCUUGUGAAACUAAGGUUGAAGCAAAAGCUGGAAAGAAGAAAAGUGCUUUUGGAUAAUGAUCUUGUCAGAAUGUGGGAAAUGUAUGGACUAAAAAAGGAACCCCCUGCAUUGACUCCUGAAGAGAAAAGCAAAUUGGUGAGAAGUUGGGAAGAAGAAGGAAUUUGGACAAAUGCAUUAACUAAAGAAGAAAUCGAAAAAUAUAUCCGAGCACAAAAGCUAAUGUAUUUAACUGACCGAUGCGAAAAGCUGUAAUAAAACAACAUGCCAUACACUG